UUACCUAUCACUGCGAUCAGCCCCACAACGCCUCGUACAAAAGCUACCGGAGCCGCUCGAGCUUUCUGGAGUAGUGUGUUAUUUCCCCUCUCAGUGACGGUAUCCGUAUAUAUAAGAGCUGGUACUUUGUUACUUCCUCUCGACACACGUCGAAUACUCUACCACGAACUACUGAACCUCCGACAUCAACGCUACAAUGUCUGCUGAUACUGUUGGAAAGACUAUUACCUGCAAGGCUGCAGUUGCUUGGGAAGCCGGCAAGGACCUCUCCAUCGAGGAGAUUGAGGUUCUUCCUCCCAGGGCCCACGAAGUCCGUAUUCAGAUCUACUACACCGGUGUCUGCCACACAGAUGCCUACACACUCUCCGGCAAGGACCCCGAGGGUGCCUUCCCCAUCGUUCUCGGUCACGAGGGUGCCGGAUACGUCGAGUCCGUCGGUGAGGGCGUCACCAACGUAAAGCCCGGCGACCAUGUCGUUGCCCUCUACACCCCCGAAUGCAAAGAGUGCAAGUUCUGCAAGUCCGGCAAGACCAACCUCUGCGGCAAGAUCCGCGCCACACAAGGAAAGGGUGUCAUGCCCGACGGCACCUCGCGCUUCCGCUGCAAGGGCAAAGACCUCCUCCACUUCAUGGGCACAUCCACCUUCUCGCAAUACACCGUCGUAGCCGACAUCUCCGUCGUCGCCAUCGAGGAAGACGCUCCCAUGGACCGCACUUGCCUGCUCGGCUGCGGAAUCACAACCGGAUACGGCGCCGCCGUCAUCACCGCCGGUAAGAACGGUGUAGAGGAGGGAUCCAACGUCGCCGUCUUCGGCGCCGGCUGUGUCGGUCUAUCCGUCAUCCAAGGAGCGGCCAAGAACAAGUCUGGCAAGAUCAUCGUAGUCGACGUCAACGACGCAAAGGAGGAGUGGGCCAAGAAGUUCGGCGCAACUCACUUUGUCAACCCAACCAAGCUCGGCAACCAGUCCAUCCAGGAGAAGCUCAUCGAGAUGACCGACGGUGGCUGUGACUACACAUUCGACUGCACCGGCAACGUAAACGUCAUGCGCGCCGCUCUCGAAGCCUGCCACAAGGGCUGGGGUGAAUCCAUCAUCAUCGGUGUCGCAGCCGCUGGUCAAGAAAUCUCCACCCGCCCCUUCCAGCUCGUCACUGGCCGUGUAUGGAAGGGCUGCGCAUUCGGUGGUGUCAAGGGCCGCAGCCAACUUCCCGGCCUCGUCUCGGAUUACAAGCGCGGAGACCUCAAGGUUGACGAGUUCAUCACCCAUCGCCAACCGCUCGAUAAGAUCAACCAGGCUUUCGGUGACAUGAAGGCUGGUGACUGCAUUCGUUGCGUUGUUAACAUGCGCGAGUAACUACGCUCGGGCCCCACAGCCAAGUUGUAAUGUGGAUGUGUUUUGAGCGCCUUUUCUUUCCUUUGUUAGACGUAUCUACGACGCGAUGCUGGGGAUU